GAAAAUUAACAAAAAUGGGAUAGGGAGUUGAGUUGGGACGAUGACUUUUGCUAACUGGGAAAUGGCUUCGUUUUGACUCUUACCAGAACAACCCUCUCUCUCUCUUCCUCUCUUCUUACUCUCGGCCAUGGCGGCUUCUGCCACAAUGCAUAGUAAACCCCUUUUGAUGAAUAUUUUCCAAGUUCUAUUGCUGUUGAAGACCAUUAUACUCAUAGCUCAAUCAACUUCUGCUUUGGCCAACAAUCACCGUUACAAUGUUGGAGAUCAUGUCCCCUUCUUCGUCAACAAAGUUGGUCCUUUAAACAAUCCCAGUGAAACCUACCAAUACUAUGAUUUGCCAUUCUGCCAUCCAGAUCCUGUAAUUCAAAAAAAGGAAACGAUUGGUGAAGUUUUGAAUGGUGAUCGAUUGGCAAAUUCAUUAUUUGAAUUAAAUUUCCGCGAGGGAAACAUUCGCAAAACCCUAUGCCAGAAAAAGCUUAAAGUUGCUGAAAUUGCCAAGUUCAGGAAUGCUGUGAUCAGAGACUUUUACUUUCAGAUGUAUUAUGAUGACCUUCCCUUGUGGGCAUAUGUUGGAAAAGUCGAAGAGAAUCGGACUCUUGAGCAGAAGAGAACCAACUAUUAUUUAUUUACACAUGUUCAGUUUGAUGCUGUUUACAAUGACAACCAAGUAAUCGAAAUUCAAGCUUUAAGUGAUCCUAAUCAUGUUUUGGAUAUAACCGAAGAUGUUGAAAUCGAUGAUGUUGAGUUCACUUAUUCUGUCAACUGGAAUGUGACAUCGGUUAAGUUCGAGAACAGGAUGGACAAAUACUCAAAGGCUUCUUUGACGCCAAUCCGUCAGAAAAUACAUUGGUUCUCUUUUAUUAAUUCAAUUGUCAUCAUUGUGCUCUUGAUGGGAUUUCUUACAUUGCUUAUCACGCGGCAUCUGAAUAAUGACUUGAGAAAGUGCUCUAAUAUUGAUGAUGAAGAAGACAAGGAGGUUGGUUGGAAACAUAUUCAUGGUGAUGUAUUCAGAUGUCCUCCUAACAUGUCCUUGUUUAGUGCUGUCAUGGGCACUGGAACCCAGUUGCUGACAGUGAUUUGCAUCUUAUUUUUGCUGGCAUUGUUUGGAGUCUUAUACCCCUACAACCGUGGAGCACUCUUAACUUCUCUUGCCAUUGUAUACACUCUUACUUUCGUGGUUGCUGGCUACACUUCUGCCGCUUUCCACAGUCAAUUUUCGGAGUCUGGAUGGGAAAGGAGUGUUCUUUUGACAGGAGUUCUCUACGCGGGUCCAUUGUUUGCAACAGUCUCUAUUGUUAAUACAGUUGCCAUAGCUAAGGGGACCACUGCUGCACUUCCAUUUGGCACCAUUCUAGUUGUUCUUCUCCUAUACUUGUUUCUCGCAAUGCCUUUGCUUGCCUUUGGUGGGCUAAUCGGGAAUCGAUUUAGAUCCGAUUUUUCAGCACCUUGUGCCACAAAACCAUACCCAAGAGAGAUUCCGCCAUUAGCUUGGUACAGGAAAACACCUUGUCAAAUGUUCAUCGGCGGUCUCUUACCUUUCAGUGCAAUUGUUCUUCAGCUACACCAUGUGUAUUCAAGCAUAUGGGGCUACAAGAUGUACACACUACCUGGCAUUUUGUUUAUUACGUUCACUAUCCUAGUUGUUCUAACCGCUAUUUUAAGCAUUGUUUUGACAUAUGUUCAGCUUUCUGCCGAAGACCACCAAUGGUGGUGGAGGCUGUUGUACUCUCUUAUGCAGAUCUGUGUUGUGUGGGGGCUCAACAGCUGUGUUCAUGUUCGGCUAUGGCAUAUUCUUCUAUCUCAGGUCAAAUAUGGAUGGUCUCAUGCAGCUUUGCUCCUUUAUGGGUUACAAUGCCUGCAUAUGCUAUGCGUUCUUCCUCUUGCUCGGGUCAGUUAGUUUUCGCGCUUCCUUGAUCUUUGUUCGAUUCGUAUAUCGCGCUGUUAAAAGUGAAUGAAUCACAUGAACAACAACAAUUUAGUCUACCUUUCCAUCCCUUUAAUUUGCUCACCUCACACAGAGAAUGUAUAGAAGAGAGAGGAGGAGAAUUAGCUUUGGCUUUCUCCUGGCAUCGAGAGAAAGAAAAAAAACAGAAUUUUGACAAUCAAUUAUGUAACUUUUAAAUGCAUACAUAUUUUCAUUCUGAACUUAGCUUUUUUGUUUUGUUUUUGUCUGAUUGUUGUGUAGCAGACAUAAACGUUAGUCUCAACUUGUUUCUUGACUAUUGAAGUUGCUAAGGUAGAUGAUUCAGAUCAAUGAUGAAAGUUUCCCAAUACUUUUGUGAGAACC